AUGGUUGAGCUCUCCGUUUAUACGAUGAAGUGUAUCUGGUUGUUUGGUCUUGUCAUAUUAUGUCGAUGCAACCAUUGCGUAACCUCGUGUGAAUGGCUAAAUGGAAUUCGCCCAAAAAUCUUUGGCAAGGUAGAAGGUAAUGGAUUACAUCGUAUGCUCAUUGUCUCCAGCGCCCUUGCCAGUGUGAAUCGCUUUAGUGACUGUCGACUUCUGUACGAAGUUGAAAUUCCGGAAGGUGUUUACGUUAACCUAAACAGGUGUGCAUCUUCAACCAUUUGUCGUACAUAG